AAUCCAAGGAAAGCCAAUAUAGAUUUGAUUACUGUAUUCCACAAGAAGGUGUUAUCCAUAUUUACAUACAGGGAAUUUAUUGGGAGACAUCACAUUGCUUUGUGUGCAUUUGUUGAGAGAAACUUCUUACGACGCUGGACGAUUGUAAAUCUUUAUCAAAUAAAAACAAGAGAUCGACUAAUAAAUAUCAUCGACUUAUAAAAGUUGUCUAAAUUCGGUUUUAGUGAUUUAUAUCGAUAAUCGAGAAAUUUUGGAACAUUUAUAGUCAAAUUCUUUAUCGUUAAGAAUCGGGAAGAGUUUGUUUGAACCUCGAAUAGCUCAGGUUUACCGGCGACAGAUGUGUAAAGUGUUCGCACCCCCUACACUCAAGCAAACAAAAACGAUAAACAAAAACAUGUAUACGGCAUGCAGAGAAAAAAUUAAAUACUACAGCUAUUAACAUCUUCAUUCGCUGGCAGAUGGUUUUUCUGCGAGUGACUACUAACCCACUGACGGCGAGGCCCAAUCAUGUUCAGAGUCCCGAGGAGUUCCGAAGAUAAAAUAUACAUGUACUCUGUUUAGAGAAUAUACAUGUCUAUGUAGUCUUGAUUGGAACAUAUUUUGAAAUUUGCUGUGUUAUUUCAUAGGAUGAUAAUUAUUUUUUUAUAAGGAUGCGUAUUCGAUAAUGAUCUAUUGAAGAUAAAAACAUAUGUUUUGGUGGAAAGUACAUAUAGAAAAUCCGAGACAAAGUUUUAAAACAGGAGGCACUUCAAAGUGGAUGUUCUCUGCUUCUUGAAUAAUGAAUAAUGUCUGCAACAUCAAAGACAAACUUUUAUGCGACCUUUUGGCGGAUCCAUACUCCUUCUGGGACAAGAUUCCAUGCCCGCCACCCUCUAAUCCACAGAUUCUCUUUCAAGUUGAUUACAAAAGACUUUUAAGUGACGAAGAUGGUCUAAGAAUAAUUUUCAGAAUAGCUAAACGUUGUGACAUUCCUAUACCAGAAAUGCUGAAAUCUCCUGCUCGACUUGGCGGGAACGCCAUCUUUACGUUUUGUGAUUCCGAGUGUGUAAAUACAGUCGUGUUUUCCUGUUUAAUUUUCUUUGUCGUCAUGGUGAUAAUAGUCAUUUAUGUCAUAAGGUAUCAAAGUCGACAGAAGACAGUCUCCAUAGUAACCUACAGAUCACGUGAUCGGUGUAUUUGUAUUCACCUUGACGGAGAAAAGGAAACCAAUUCCUCUUGUAAUGGUAACUGUCGGUAUAAUUACGGAAAAUAUACAAAAACUGGAUCUAUACCGAGGCGGAAUCCGAAAUAUUCGGACCAUUCCGAUCAGUCUCCAUUGGAGAGCACAUACAAACAAUUUCCUUGUGUAGACGUGUUCGAUUCGCAUUGCUCCCCUCUUCAGUGUAAUGAAAAAAGCGGAAGUGAAAAUUAUGAAGACCUUGAAAAGCAAAAAUCUCGAAUAGACGAGUUCACUCUUUUGAGGAAAGCUUUCAAAAAAUAUUACGGUCGAGAUAUCGACUUUGCAGAGUCGCCAUAUUCACGCAAAACGGAGGAAACAUACGCUUGCGGAAGUGAAAAUGACAUGGAAAUGACGUCACUUGAUUCUGAUGAAAGUCCGAAAAGUACUGGUAAACGUUCGAAUUACGACUUUGACGAGAAUUUCCAAUCAGAAAACCACUACAAUGAUAUUGAUUGUGAUUUAAUGAUUAAUGAAGUUAAUCUAUCAAAUUCCACAUACAGUUUUAAUAACACCACGAAUCAUAUUUAUGCAACAAUUAAAAAGAGUGUGUUCGAAACAACCAGACCGUCCUUACUAAAUGAACCAUAUACAAGCAGUACCUUAAAAUCUAUUUAUUCGGAUGAUUCUGACUGUGAAGAUAAUUUAUUGGAAGGAAACAGCUACAGGUCAUCUGGAAUAGAUUUUCAACGACUUCAUUCAAAGCACGUGUAUGAAAGAAUGACCUCGAAUACUUCCAAUCGAACCGAUUUAUCGUUUCUGACUGAAGACUCUGUUGAACUUCUUGUUCCCGACAGAAAUUCUCAAUGUUCAACGUUUAAAUAGUGGAUUUAUUUUGAAACUGCAUCGUAAAAAAACAUAAUGGAAUAAUCUUCGACGUUUGAUGGAAGUUUCACAAUGUUACAGAAUUAAGUUAAAAACAAAUUCAGAGCACUAUCUGGUAUCUAUUUCUUGACCCCAGAUCAGUUCAGUGUUUAGAUGUGUAUGUUGGAUUCGUCAGAUAUAAACGGUGCUAUGCAUAUAAGAAUUAAUGAAUUCAUUUACCCAGUAAUUUCUUCAAUAGCUGUGUAAACAAAUAUAUUGGGAAUUCUUGAAUGAAUGAUUUUUUUUUAUAUAAAUCAUUAUACGCAUGCGCGGACUAAUUUUCAAAUCCGCCAUAUGUAUCUUGUCAAACGAGAGUGCCAUGAAUAAUAUUAUUUAUUGUUUUCAGUCUCUUGUCAGUCUAAAAAUUCAAGAAGAUUGUUUAUUACUUAAUACAUAUAAAAAUAAAUAAAGAAUUAAUUAUC